UGCUGAAGACAAGAAAUCUACCAUGAACUUCUCCUGGCUUGCCGUUCUUCUCUUGGCCAUCUUUGCCAUGGCUGUGUCCGCCGACAAGUGCUCUGCUCCCUUCAAGAAGGAGGGCAAUCAGUGCGUUACAAAUCGUACCAUUCGCGGAGAAUGCCCACCCCACUCCCAAUACAGUGCCAAGAUCAACAAGUGUGUCUACAAGUAAAAAUAUACUAAAUAGAAAACUAAAAUAAAAACUAAACAAAAGAAACAAAUACUUUUAAAAUAA